GGUCACAGCGUCUCUUUCCGCGUUGCUCACAUACUAGCAUUAAAUGCUACCUGCUCCUCGGAAAGUUCCCCACCUCAUCGGUUUAUUCAGAUUCAGACCAUCGAUUGGACCGCAACACUCAAACCGAGAGGAGGAGGUAGACUUUCCUGGUCUCUAGGCUGAAAGUGUGAUUAGAUCCGGCUGAAGGUUGUUAAACAGUUAAUGCACAAGGUAAAGAGGCUUAAAACUGACAACAAUAAAGAGGACGGCCAGGAAAACAUCAGAGAGGCACUGGCAGGCAUGACAGGAGUGGAUGAGCUCUCAGACAGCACAGAAGUCGUGGAGAUGGAGGACGUGAACCCCACCCAGUUCCAGGUGGAGAAACACUCAUGGGACGGCCUGCGGAAGAUCAUCCACAGCAGCCGCAAGAACACAGGAGUGGUCAUUAACAAGGCGCCGCACGACUUCCAGUUCAUUCAGAAAGAUGAGGCCAGUCCACACUCGCACCGCAUCUACUACCUUGGCAUGCCUUACGCCAGCAGAGAAAAUGCUUUACUCUACUCAGAUAUUCCCAAGAAGAUCCGCAAAGGUGCGCUGCUUGUUUUGUCCUGGAAACCAAUGCUGGAUCAUUUUCAGGCCAGCCCUCACCACGGAGGCUUCUCCAGGGAGGAGGAACUGCUGCGAGAGAGGAAGCGUCUGGGUGUGUCCGGCAUCACGGCUUAUGAUCACCACCAACCCAGCGGCCUCUUCCUGUUCCAGGCCAACAGCAGCCUGUACUACUGUCGGGACGGGGCCAACAACAGCUUUAUUACUUCACCUAUGAAUCCAACAGAGAUCAAGAGCCAGAAUUCAGGAACACGCAUGGACCCCAAAAUCUGCCCUGGGGACCCGAACUUCAUUGGUUUUAUCAACAACAACGAUAUUUGGGUGACAAAUAUAGAGACCGGAGAGGAGCAGAGACUCACAUUCUGCCAUAAAGGCAGUGAAAACCCUAAAGAUGACCCUAAAUCAGCUGGUGUCGCCACGUUCGUCACUCAGGAGGAGUUUGAUCGCUUCACUGGAUACUGGUGGUCUCCUGCUGCUCGUAAAGAACCAGAUGGUGGUAAGACUCUGCAGAUCCUGUAUGAAGAGGUGGACGAGUCUCAGGUGGAGAUCAUCCAUGUCCCGUCUCCGGCUCUGGAGGAGCGGAAAACAGACGUCUACAGAUACCCACAUGCAGGCAGUAAAAAUCCAGAAAUCACUUUGAAGAUUGUAGAAAUUCGUGCAGACAGUCUUGGAAAGAUUGUCAGCACACAGGAGAAAGUGUUGCCUGUUCCUUUUUCCUGCCUGUUUCCCAACAUCGAGUACAUCACUGGAGCUGGAUGGACUAAAGAUGGCCGAUAUGCGUGGGCGGUCAUGAUGGACCGACGGCAGCAGAAUCUGCAGUUAGUCCUGCUCCCUCCUGCACUUUUCAUCCCUGCUCAAGAGGACAAAGCUAAAGAACUAGAGAGCCUGCAGGCCCUAGGAGACUCAGUCCAUCCCUUCAUUAUCUACAGAGAAACCAGCGAUAUCUGGAUCAAUGUACACGACAUCUUCCAUCCUUUCCUCCAAACCUCCGAUGACGAGUUCACCUUCAUCACAGUAAAUGAGUCUAAAACAGGCUUCUGCCACCUGUAUAAGAUCACAUCAGUGUUAAAGCGGGGCAGCAAUAACUGGGCUAAAGGAUACACUCACUCUGAAGCUGAUUUUAAAUGUCCAGUCAAAGAAGAGGUGACGCUAACCAGUGGGGAGUGGGAGGUGCUGGCCAAUCAUGGAGCAAAGCGUUCUUGCAGCCCUCAGAUUUGGGUGGACGAGCGGGCGAAGCUGGUUUACUUCCAGGGAACCAAAGACUCUCCACUGGAGCACCACCUGUAUGUGGUGAGCUAUCAGAAUCCGGGUGAAAUCGUCAGACUCACCAAACCCGGAUUCUCCCACAGCUGCUCUGUGAGCCAGACCUUUGAUAUGUUUAUUAGCCAUUAUAGCAGUUUAAACACUGCUCCCUCUGUUCACAUCUACAAGCUGGUCGGAUCCGACCCGCUGCACAAAGAACCAGAGUUCUGGGCCAGCAUGAUGGAGUCUUCUGGUUUCCUCUUUGACACUUCCCCACCAGAAAUCUUUAGCUUCACCGGGAAAUCAGGCUUCGAGCUCUACGGCAUGUUGUACAAACCUCACAACCUGGUCCCCGGAAGGAAGCAUCCAACUGUUGUUUUUGUCUAUGGAGGUCCUCAGGUGCAGUUAGUGAAUAACUCCUACAAAGGAGUGAAGUACCUGCGGCUAAGCACGCUAGCUUCUCUGGGUUACGUAGUGCUGGUUAUCGAUGGAAGGGGCUCCUGCCAGCGAGGACUCAAGUUUGAAGGAGCUGUAAAGGACAAGAUGGGUCAGGUGGAAAUUGAAGACCAGGUGGAGGGAUUGCACUACAUAGCUGACAAGUAUAAGUUUGUGGACCUGAGCCGCGUUGCCAUCCACGGCUGGUCGUAUGGAGGCUUUCUGUCCCUCAUGGGCCUCAUCCACAGACCAGACAUAUUUAAGGUUGCCAUUGCGGGAGCUCCAGUGACGCUGUGGAUGGCCUACGACACUGGCUACACAGAGCGAUAUCUGGACACGCCGGACAAAAACCUGAAGGGAUAUGAAGCCUGCUCUGUCGCCCUGCAUGUCGACAAGCUUCCAAAUGAGCCAAACCGACUGCUGAUCCUGCAUGGAUUCCUAGAUGAGAAUGUGCACUUUUUCCACACUAAUUUCCUGGUGUCGCAGCUCAUCAGAGCAGGAAAGCCGUACAGCCUUCAGAUUUAUCCCAACGAACGGCACAGCAUCCGGUGUCCAGAGUCCGGGGAGCAUUAUGAGAUUAGUCUGCUGCACUUCCUCCAGCAGAACCUCUGAUAAGUCUUUCCAACACCGGCUGACCUUCACCUCCUAUCCUCUUCUCACUCCUCACUUUUUAUCCAAACCUGCUUCACCUCUUUACUUGAUUUUAUGAUCAGCUGAAUGAAAUCUACACCGAACCUCAUCACACCUCAAGAAUCAUUCACCGUUAUUAAAGUCGCAGCAGCAUUUUUAUCAUCGAAAUUCUGCUGCAGAAUCGGCUGUUUAGGAUGAAUACGAGACUCUGUUCAUACCUUCGGUUGCCUUUCAUGUUGGAUUUAGAACAAACUAGAUGUUGAACAGUUGUAUUAAGCUCUGACACCAGCAGAGGUCGCUGUUCACCCCGAAAAUUGCACAAAGCUUUUGCUUAGGGCAGAAAUUUAAGAACAGGAGUACAUUUUGAUGUUUAAAAUGCUGCUUUGUGUACCAUACAAAAAAAAAAAAAAAAGAUAUAAACAUAUAUAGAUGGACCAGUUUUACACUGUUUUGAAAUAGAUUUGUGUUUUUUGUUUGGUGCCAUUUAUUUUAGCAGCUGGUUUCUGUAAUUCAACAUGGAACUUGCUGUUCUGUCUUUGAAUAUAAAGUGAUGUAAAUUCACCAAACAUGAAGCUCUUUUAAAGCAGGCAAACAGCUCUUAAACCCCCUCCCCUCCCCUGGUUGCUGACUUUGCUGUGUUUUGCCUUGAUAUUUGUCUCUCAUGUGCUACCUGUCACAGGAUAUUUUUUAUGCAGUUAUUCCAGAAAAUAAAUUAGUUCCACCUUUUAAUGGGUCCUAUUAUUUAAAGAAAUCUUUUAGAAAUGGUGGAAGUUAUCUGGGACCUGAUCACUGGCUUUAACUUCUUGAAGAGUUUUUUUUUUUUCCUUUCUGCUGCUGAGGACUUUUUGCACAGUACAUUAUAUUUACCUUUGUGCCAAGAAACUGACCUAAAAGAUGAUGUUUGAGACGAAUGUGGUGCCUUGUAAGAGUUUGAGCACCUGCUCACAUUUCAAUAAAUCAGGGAAUCAGUCAGAAGACUCGACAUCAGUUUGAGUCUUACGCCUUGUUAUCAUCUACUGAACUACAUGGUUAUAAAUGUACUCUCAGUUAUUGAAGAAAUAAACUGAAGUGAACAAUUUUUUUCCCCCCAAA